UGACUACAACACUACAUGCAUCAACUAUGUUCGUCAGUAGAACGAAGUAAUGAAGCAAAGAAAAAAAGAACACGACCAUCCGAUCUGGACCAAUGUACACGCUGUUGCGGUCACCUAAUACAAAUACAAUGGCUCGAUAACACUUGUUUCAUUCAACUUCUGUUAACCAGAGAGGAAAAGAUGUAUAUGAAGGCGCUUGUUUUCAGUCUCAUCUUACUAAUGCAAGCAUGUGGACCACUUUUGGCCCAGGCAACAGAACCAGAACAACCUGACUCUACAGGACUACUGCAGAGGCUUGGAGAUAGAGCCAGGGAAACCAAAGAUAAAGUCCAGGUUUUUGGGGGAGUAGUGCUGGACUACUUUGGUGCUUACUAUGAAGACCACAUCCAACCAGUGGCUGACAGCUACACUGAAUGGGCCUCUACUGUCAAAAGCUCUGUGUUGGAGAAGAUCCAGACAACCAUUGACAAAUACUGGCCAUCAAAAGCAUCUAGUUCAACUGAUUAACAGACUUAAAACCAAGAAAAGCUGACAAUAAAUGAAUAUUCUUACCACAUGA